AUGCGACCGACAUCCUUCGCCGAACUUCAAGGCAACGAGGAGUUAUUUGCGGAAGGCUCUGUCGUUCGGACACUUCUGGAGAAAGAUCCACCUCCCUCGUUUAUCCUUUGCGGCCCUUCUGGCUGUGGCAAAACCACUGUAGCAUAUAUAAUCUCAAAACAAACAACCUGCCCCUUUAAAUCACUCUCCUGCUGCACGAGCGACCUCAAAGAGGUCCGCUCCGUGUUAGACGAAUGUGACAAGGUGUUUUUCAGCACCAAAACCCCCACAAUUCUCUUUCUCGACGAAAUCCACCGGUUCAGCAAGAACCAGCAGGACGUUUUUCUACCGUACGUGGAGUCGGGCAAGCUCGUUCUGAUCGGCGCGACCACAGAGAACCCUUCCUUUUCCAUUAUUCCUGCGCUUCUCUCGCGUUGCCGCGUUUUUCCACUCCAGCUUCUGUCGAGCGAUGCUUUGCUCCACGUUUUGGAGCACGCUUUAGCCACAGAUUCCAUUCUUCGCGAGCUUCAAGUGUCUGUCGAUGACGCGUUGCUUCGCGAAAUUAGUCUUCGGAGCGACGGCGAUGCUCGUCGCGCGCUCAAUUCGUUGGAAUCCUGCGUUCUCUUCGCUUCCCACUCCCCCUCCAAACACGCUUCUCCUUCUCUGCUUCGCUCUGUUCUAUGCGAAGACAAACAACCAAUCCGUUACGACCGUCACGGCGAGGAGCAUUUCAACUGCAUCUCCGCCCUCCACAAAUCCAUGAGAGGCUCCGAUGUCCACGCUGCGCUCUACUGGCUUUCUCGCAUGCUGGAGGGCGGCGAGGAUCCGCUCUACGUCGCUCGUCGCCUCAUUCGCUUUGCUACGGAGGACGUGGGACUCGCCGAUCUGCAAGCGUUGUCGCUCGCUGUGCGAUGCUACCAGGAAUGCGAGUGGCUCGGAAGACCGCUCUGCUUCACGAUCCUCGCGCAGUGCGUGUCAUAUUUGGCGCUCACAGCGAAAUCGAACGAGCUAUAUCUAGCGUAUGGGAAGGCCGUUGAUGUGGUUCAUGACACUGGGAUGCUCCCCAUUCCGCAAAGUAUCCAGAAGUCGGAGAUGUUGAAAGAAGAAGAAAAAGAAGAAAAGAAGAAAAAUGCGGAGAAACAGGAAAUGGAAGAGAAGAAUGGGGAUGAGAAGAAGGAAGUGAAUUUGGGAGAAUCAAAAACGAGUGGGAAUGAAUUGUAUCGGUGGGGAGAAUCAAUGUUACCGCAAGAAUUGGAAGGAAGCGUGUUUAUGGAUGUGGAAAGAGCUUUGAGAGAUUUGAGAGAACCGAGUCUAAAGAAAGCGUACGAUACAGACAAGGGAAAAGAGAAAGGAAAGGAAGAAGAAGAACCUCUCGAGGAAGAUGCAAAUAAAGUGGAGCUGCCAUUAGAGAAACGAGCAAGGCUUGAGUUAAAAAAGAAUGACGAGUGA